AUGGAGGAAAAAGUGGAGUACGCGGUGGAUCGAUCCAGUGACAAACGUUUGGGUUAUAUAUGCAAACAUGACGACGAUUGCCCUUUCAUGUUGCGUGCAGUACAGAAAGUUGGAAUUUGGAGAAUCAUUAAGUUCAUUCUGGACCACACUUGUCGUUCGAAUUUGAGUCGCACUGCUCCGAGAAUGCUGCCGUCUAGAGUAGUUGCUGCAUACUUUUCACGUAAAUUAUCGGUGGAGAGGGUUGUUCUCAAACCGAAAGAGAUGACUGAUGAGAUGCUUAGGCUAUUUGGCAUUGAGAUGGGCUACAAGUUUGCUUUGCGGUCCAGGGAUAUUGCUAUAGAGAUGAUGUAUGGCGCGUUCGAGCAGUCUUAUCAGCGACUCCCGACUUAUCUAUACUUGUUGAGGGAGCGUAAUCCUGAGACCCUAUAUGAUGUUCAGACUAGUACUCUGACAGGUGAGUUCCGCUACAUGUUUUUAGCUCUUGGACAGUCUAUUCACGCCUUUAAACAUCAUUUGAGGCCUGUCAUUGUAGUGGAUGGAACCCACCUUAAAGGAAAGAACAAAGGGGUUCUAUUCAUCGUAGUUACCAAAGAUGGGAACGAAGGGGUCUUUCCUCUUGCAAUUGGUCUUAGUCCUAUCGAGAAUCACGAAUCAUGGACAAUUUUUUUCUCAAUGUUGCGUAUGAGCCUAGGAGAUCCGCCGGAUGACUUACUGAUCGUGUCUGAUCAACACACGAGCAUCCAGAGUGCCAUUGAGUCCAUAUACCCUAAUGUUUCUCACGGGUUGUGCUUUUAUCAUAUACAAAAGAACUUGGCGCGAUUUGGUCGUCACGUAGCUCAAAUAUACAAAAAUGCAGCGUACAGUUAUCGACAUGAAGUAUUUAACGUCAAUUUCACUACUUUGGAAGCCCACAGCCCGGAGGGUGCUUACAAAAGGCUGACGGAUAUUGGGGUUCAAAGUUGA